AUGCAUUUCGGCGUGCGAUUUCCAUGUGUGACGGGCAAGGAAGGGAAGACUGGGGAUAAAAAUGACUUGGGUCAUAGUGGGAGCUUGCCUUUGCCCAAGAAUGUGCCUGUGAAUGAUAGCGACGUGUUGGGCUACAUUCAACUGACUGGGGAUAAGGAGUCUGUCGUCACAGCGUCUGAUGCGGGAAACGAAAGUGAUGAUGAAGAAGAGCAAGUGACGUUGGCGGAGGAGAAGGAACAUCUCUCGCCGAUCCAGCAGGCUUUGGCUCUGGGGAAAGCCGCCGUUGUUCGGGCCCGCAAUGCGUCCCACAUAUUGACGAAAGAGGAGAUGGCACCAUACGUGAACCUUGUUAUUCAGAACAGGACGAGCCCGCUUGGAACGAGUAGUAUUGUGCAAGUGCGGGCGCUCAUGCUGCGCGUGAAGUUUGAGCGCGAGCGUGGGAGGUACUUAGAGCGAUGCAUGUCGCAACUGGAGGAGAUAGCACGGUUUGUGGAUGACCCGAUUGCGUCAAUGGAUGAAGAUGGUAGGCAUGCAGCUGUGGCAGAGCGGAACAUGCUCCUGUUCGCAUCUGCUGUGCCAACGCGAUGGGAGUUGAAGAAGGAGCUCGCCAUUUCAUUUGGAAGGAUAGGGCUUGUCAAAUCAGCCAUGGAGAUUUUCGAGAAGCUCGAAUACUGGGAUGAGCUUGUUGAUUGCCAUCGCCUGAUUGGCAACCUUGGUCAUGCUGAGGCUCUAGUUCGUGAGCAGCUGGACCUACUCGACCGAGCAGUGGUGGAGGACGGGAUGCCAGGUGAGGCUGAGAUUGCCUCUGGGGUUUUGAAUUUUGGUGCGAAGGGAGCUGUCCAUGCUCGUGCUGCCCGACGGCCUCGCCUCCUUUGCGUCCUUGGAGAUGUCACGAGGAACAAGGAGCAUUUCGAAACGGCAUGGACGGAGAGUGGGGGCAAGUAUGCGCGAGCGAAACGGGCUCUUGGGAGAAUGUCUGUCGAAGCUGAGCAAUGGGAGGAUGCUGUGGGUCAUUUUAAACAAGCCUUAGAUAUCAACUCUCUCUUCCCGGACGUUUGGUUUACUUACGGAUGUGCUGCCAUUCAAAUACAAAACAUGAAGGUCGCUGCGCAUGCCUUUACGCGCGUAGUCCAGCAAACACCCGAACAUGGAGAAGCGUGGAACAACCUCGCUCGCGUGCUUCAUGAGAUCGGAAAAAAGAAGGAAGCACUCAAGGCCUUGUCCGAGGCAGCUAGGAGAAAACGAGAUUCGUGGCAUAUAUGGGAGAACAUGCUCAUGCUCGCGACGGAAAUCCGUGCAAGCCCGGAAAUAGUGCGAGCAAUGGAAGUGCUUCUUCAACUGCGGGGCAAAGAUGGCAUUGUGGUUGAAUCGAUUGGGGUUGCCGUCGCUGAAGUAAUUCGCAUGAUGGAGUCAGAUGACAUAGAAGACAAGGCUCACGUUGGUCCCGUAUGCCGAAAACUGCUAAAGGUCCUCGGUCAUUCUACAACCCUUGUUUCGACCAAUCCUUCGAUUUGGGCAGCAUACGCGCAGCUCCACGAACUUGUCCCAGUAGAUGGGGGGAAGCAAAAGGCGUUCGACUGUCGGUUGAAGCAGGUGCGAUCUCUUGUUGCACAAGAUAAAUGGAAAUCGGAGCUCCGAGGCUUUAGGCACAUGGCCCUCGCGUCAGACUCUUUGGUACGGGACGCGAUACUCUCUGAAAACAGCCUCAACUUGAGGGCAGCCCGUCUACACUUGACAAGCGUAAUUGAGCAAACCUCAGCAGACUUCUUGCAGGAUGAGGGCUUUUCUAGGCUGCAGGCAGCUAAACGGUCCUUGGCAAAUGUCCAAGUCGCGAAUAAUUGA